CCCAGGUUGAUCAAAUCAUCACCUCUGCGUUGCCGCCGUAUCGCCGCCACGCCGCUGUUUGACGACGAUGCCCGCCGAAGUUGUUUCGGCUGCGAUAGCAAAAGAGCGCCCCGCCCCGCCGCGCGCGCGCCCUUCGGGCGCCCACCUCGGCCGUCCGGCGUGAUGUGGCCAUGGUCGCGAGUCAAGGAGCCGCUGGCCAAGGACCGAUCACCUGUCAUGCCAGCGCAAUUGCCGCAGAACCAUGCGGUUUCGGGCUCAAUUUGGCGAUGCUGGCCUUGACUUCGGUGUAAUCGUCGUUUUUCGGCUGCCUCCACCUUUGUCAUCACGACGGCUGCUCUGUGCUAUCCCUGUAUUUCGUUAUCACUUCGUCAUCUUCGAUUGCUUUCGGAGUCACAAUCCCACCACUGCCAUCGUCUUCCUGUGCGGCCUCGUCGAGGCCUACAUCAUUUGAUUGCCUGUUCGUUCCGCCCCCCCUGCCUUCGGUGCGCCCGAACGACAACGGGAACCUGUGCGGCGGCGCCGUCUUCGAGACUCCCGGCUGCGUUUCCCCCGGCUACGGCGACGGCGUCGGGGGAGACUGGACGGGCAAGACCCAGGGCUGCUACGACCACACAGGGACGCCGAACGACCUCAUCCUCGGGGACGGCAAGGGCGUCGAGAAUGUCGUGGUGGACAGCGUGAGGCUCAACGGCCUGCUGCUGCCGAAGGAUGGUGACUUCGUUCACGCCCAGGGCAGCCAGGUAGCUGUGUGGGUUGCCAUGACGCAGGAUGGCAGCGUCACCAAGAAUGUGAGGAUCACGAAUCUCGUGUCAAUGUUCACCCGCGGCGACGGGAUCAAUCUGCACGGGAACGUGCAGGACUCCAUCGUGGAAGACUGCUACAUCGCCAACACGGGCGACGACGCUUACGCUGCUUGGGGCGCCUACGCCGAGUGGCCCGCAGGCAACGUGUUCAGGAACAGUGUGGCCAAGAACGUGGGCGUCGCGCGCAACUACGGGUACGGCGUGUGCGUGGCUAUCUACGGAGCAAGGGACGUGACCGUGACUGGCAUCCGGUGCAUAGACCUCGGGCCGGACGACUGGAACCCUGGCCAGGAUCCGUCCGGGAACGAGAAGUGCGAGUGGGGGCCUAACUGCAACAGCGCGCUGGCCAUCAUCCACGACGGCUGGUUUGGAGCCGUUUACCCUGAAGGCAACACGGUCAACAUCUACGACAACGAGUACGUAGACUUUGACGGCAACCCCAUCACCGACCGCCCCAAGGUCCGGCUUCAGGGGGACACGAGCGCCAACUACGUGUCGACGGCGCCUCCGGUCCAGCAGGCGUCGAUGCUGCGCGAGCCGAUCAGCACGGCCCGUAAUUCAAGCCUUCGUGAUUUGCUGGUGAUGGCGGCCGCCUGCGCGGUCACAGGCCUCGCGGUGGUCGCCCUGGCGCUGGCCCGGGGGCGCACGCGCGCCGUGGCGUCGGCGGCGCGCCGGGCGGCGGCGCAGGCCGUGGACUCAGGCUCUUCUGCCGCCGAGGGAGGGCUGCUGGUGGCGCCCGAGUGACAUGCCAGUCCUGACAGCGCCGCGGGGGCUGCUGCUGAUACCGCGGUCGUUCUGACGCGCCGCCUCCUCUUUGGCGGGCACUUGACUAGUGGUCACCACAAGCCCCUCUCGACCCCCCCCUCAUCAUCAUCAUCAUCAUCAUCAUCAUCAUCAUC